AAAAAAUAGUGCCCAUUGAUCAUAGAGACAUGCAUACCAGAAAACCAGGGUUCUAUGAAAGACAGUAUAUCUGUCGAAAUGUUAACAAGUACUAUAACAAUUUUAAUGCCACUGUCCAAUACAAUCGCUACAUAAGUCCCGAGCACUUAUCUAACGCAUUACGUAGAUUGAUUCUUAAAAAUACAUCAUUCGCUCUCAAUUUUUACCGACAAGAUGGAAGCACAAAAGAACAAGACCAAGACCAGAAUGGGAAUAAUUUUGAAGUCAAGCCAGUUAAGAAGAUACUUUUCGAUGAUGUGGUUUCAUUUGAAGAAAUCCCUGACGAAUUUAAUGAUCAAUGCCUUGAACUGAUAAACAAACUUCAACCUGAGAUGAAUAAGUUGUCAACACCUUUGUGGGGAGUGGUUGUAUACAAGAGCGAGAGUCUCAAUUGUCAGUAUAUAUGUUUCUAUUGUGACCACACUCUAUUUGACGGAACUUCGGGUGUUCAAUUCCAUAGAGAUUUAAUCGUAGAACUUGAAGAGCUCUCCAAUGCAAGCACUUUAGAAAAGAUGCAAAUUUUAUUCAAUUAUGAAGACGACAGGGAUGAUUUACCUGCAAAACUUUCACCAGCCCUUGAGAUGAAAACUGACUUAUACCAUAGACCAUUUUUCAGCAAGAUCAUUAACACAAUUAUCAAUAGCUUUUGGUAUGACAAGACGAUUGGAGUUUUGGAUGCUUUGAAAAAAAUCUUUAGUCUGUAUUUUAGUGAGCUUGAAAUUAAGAAACCUAGGCCCUUUUUUGAAUAUAAUCCAGUCAGACCUGAUAUCAUCCACAAGUAUAAGAUUAUUAAUUUCACUCCAACAGAAGUGAAGAAGAUUUUAGCUUUUUGCAAGUCUGAAGGUACAACUUUAACCCCGUAUAUUGGAACCAUUGGUAUCCACUGCUUGAAUAAUACUAUUAUUCCAGUAUGCACUGGUGGCGAGGAAAGUAUUACGUCUUUGAGAUGUAGCAUCAAUGGUAGACGUUUUUUCCCUGAAAUCCAGGAUGAGCUUAAAUAUGGUGUUUGUGUCUCUACUACACAGUAUGAGAUUGAACCUUUAGAAAAUUCCUCUAUAGUAUCUAAAGUUCGUUGUAUAGGUGAUAAUCUAAGGAAAACUGCCUCGACAAAGGAAGUCUUUUGGACUACAGGAGAUAAGUUAAAGGAAACUAAUUUUUGGGACAGUUUUAAAAAGACGGUAGGAGGCAAAAGGAGAGAAACUUUGUACACAUCCAAUUUGGGACAAGUCUCGAUCAAGGCAGGUGAUUGGGAAGUGACGAAUAUUUGGUUCAGUCAAAGUAACGGCAUUGCCUUUCAUUUUGUAUUCAGUGUCGUUAGUAGCGUAGGAGGGGGACUAAACAUAUGUUUGGGGUAUUUACCAGAGUAUGGAACGCUAAAGCAAAAAAACUCGGCUGAAUUUGCGAUAGAUGAAUUUGUAAAGAAAUUUAAAACUGGUGUUUUAGAUUUCAAUCUUUAUAAAUAAACAAAAAUAUAGAAUAUGAAUAUGAUUUAAAGUGAAAGUAUUGAUCGGGUAGAA